AUGUUGAGUCAGCACGUGUUGCAGCUCAGAAUCGAGAUCGUCAAGGUCGGCGGCGAGGCUGACACCAGCGGCGGACGGAAGUCGGCACGCGCCCAGCAGCCGCACACGGCCAGCCGCCAGUCCGCGGCCAUGAUCACCUCAGUGCGCACCGUCUGCAUACUCCUGCAGGUGCUGGAUCUGACAUACGGCGCGCCGCGGCCCGCGGCAGCUGACCUGGACACGGCCGAGGCUAACAAGUACUACAUCACCGUAGUGCGCCCCUCGGGCCCGGUGCAGCAGCGUAGGAGCGUGCCUAGGGACCGUCAGCUGUACGUCAUCACCAUCCUGCGGCCGGUAUCGCGGCCCACUGCGGCGCCAGAGCCAGCGCCAGAGCCAGCGCCAGCGCCAACGCCAGCGCCAGCGCCAGCGCCAACGCCAGCGCCAGCGCCAACGCCAGCGCCAACACCAACGCCAGCGCCAGAGCCAGAGCCGACGACGCCGCACCGGCUCGGUUUUGUGGGGAGGCCCAGCUGUGCACUCGGCCUGGUUCUCUGCGACCCCAGGUGUUGCAUCAGAGUGCCGACCAGUGAACCCUGCCCUCCACGCACUGUCCGGGUGGUCGGCGGCUGCGCGUUUCUCGACUGA